AUGUUUGAAAAGAGAAACAGAAUCAUGAUAGUUGAUGUAAUUUGAUUUUUUUUUUUUUUUUGUUUUCGGAUCCUCACCGAAUCACCCAAUUCUACGGAGAAAAAAACGUCACACAUUUUCAAGUCGAUAAAAGCCGCCACCCACCUUAGUUUUUAGAAAAAACCCAUUGAAAAUUUCAUUUGAAUUCAACAUCUUCCAUCAUCUUAUAUUAAAAAAUCCUCAGCACCAACCCCCAAAACUGUACAGAUUCAUUGAAAACAAACGAUCAUCAAGAACCUCUGUAUCGGUGGCUUCCUUUUUAGACUUCCCCUUUGCUUAUUUUCUACUAAAUUGCACCAUUUUUGGAACUGUUCAUGUUCCUUUCUCCCACCUACCGAAUUUCGAGAUCAUUUUUCCUUGAUUAUUUUAAAUUUCCAUCAAAAUUGGCUUUCUGGGUUGUUUCCGGAAUCGCAUUUAGGAGUCUUCAGCGAUUAGAGUUCUUAUUUUUCGAGAGUCGUGAAAAGAUUAGUCUCUUUCACGACUUGUACGUCUCUGAUUUUGCUUCAAACUAUAAAAUCUAAGGUUGUUUUUGUUGCCUAAUAUCUGGGGGUUUUUUCCUUUUUUUUUUGUUUGUUUUUCGAUCAUGAUCUCUUCUUUCACUCAAUCUGCAAAACCCAUUAAUGGGUCCGACGUGAUUCUCCGGCGGAGGUCUCCGGCGCCAAUCCGACGGUUUUCGUGUCUUCCUCCAUUGCCGGCGCAAAAAUCCCAAAGCUCUGUUGUGUGCAUGAAAAGUGCUCUUCAUAUCUCAUCGGUUUCCAAUUUUGGGCCACUGGGAACUCAGAAGAGUGAUUUGAUUACGUGCAAAUCCUACGAGGCUGACCGAUCACAGCCGAUUGAGUCAAACAUUGAACUGACGGUGGCCGAAGCGCCGUCCGAGGCGGCGAAGAAGGCGAAGAUCGGACUGUAUUUUGCUCUCUGGUGGGGUUUGAACGUUGUUUUCAAUAUUUACAACAAGAAGGUUUUGAUUGCGUAUCCAUAUCCAUGGCUAACCUCCACACUUUCUCUUGCUGUUGGCUCUCUCAUCAUGUUAUUCUCUUGGAUGACGAGGAUCGCCGAGGCUCCCAAAACCGAUUUCGAGUUCUGGAAAUCCUUGUUCCCUGUUGCUGUGGCCCAUACAAUUGGACAUGUAGCAGCAACAGUGAGCAUGUCAAAGGUUGCUGUCUCAUUCACGCAUAUCAUCAAAAGUGGUGAGCCUGCAUUUAGCGUAUUGGUUUCAAGGUUCCUGUUGGGUGAGACUUUUCCUGGUCCUGUCUACCUCUCUCUUCUCCCAAUCAUUGGUGGCUGUGCGCUUGCUGCCGUGACCGAGCUCAACUUCAAUAUGAUAGGUUUCAUGGGAGCCAUGAUAUCAAACUUGGCAUUUGUCUUCAGAAACAUAUUUUCCAAGAAAGGCAUGAAGGGGAAGUCUGUUAGUGGAAUGAACUACUACGCCUGUUUGUCUAUAUUAUCCCUGUUGAUUCUUACCCCGUUUGCAAUCGCUGUCGAAGGACCACAGAUGUGGGCUGCAGGAUGGAAAACAGCGCUCUCUGAGAUUGGACCUAAUUUUGUUUGGUGGGUAGCAGCACAGAGUGUCUUCUAUCAUCUCUACAACCAAGUAUCCUACAUGUCGCUGGAUGAAAUUUCUCCCUUGACAUUCAGCAUUGGCAACACCAUGAAACGCAUAUCGGUCAUAGUUUCUGCAAUAAUCAUUUUCCGCACACCUGUCAAACCCGUCAAUGCUCUCGGAGCUGCGAUCGCCGUUCUUGGAACCUUCUUAUAUUCACAGGCAAAACAAUAAGUAGACUCUUGGAACUUAGAUCCACCAUGUAAUUAUACCGAAAUGAGAUCGGACCAAAGCUUUUGAGAAGCGUCGAGAUUUUCUAUAUGGCGUCGAGAUAGAUUCAACUUUACAAUUACAAAUAUCAGGUUUUGAUCUGAUAAACCAAUAGGUGUCUAUUGUGUUUAAUUAUUGAGAGAUGAAUAAGUGAUUUGCCAACAUGAGCAACAUGAAUAAAAUGAGUUGGGAAGGUAAAUUUUCAAAUUGAGUGAGGUUGGGAAAGAAAGUGUAAUUCUCAACUAAAGGACAAUGAUUCAAACAGGUUGAUUUUUUUUUUUUUUUUUUUUUUUUUUU